CAUGCAUUAAUGUAUUUCAGAGGAAGUGGAAUCAAGACUGAAAAUGGGAAGAAUAAUGGGAUCGAUUGAUAUCUGAGAAACCUGGAAACAGGGCGGGUUGGAGAUACAGUAGGUUUAGAUAAAGGAGAGGAGAGGAUAACGAAGGAGAUCUUUCAUUUUCCCAUUCAGUUUUGUUUCUACGAGAAAAUGGCUGUCAUAUCUCUGAGAAAGUCGACUUGUCAGUUGUUCCAGCAGGGCGGAGCAAGGUUUGAUCCGCUCCGAGUUCUUAGCUCAAGGUUCGAGUCAACAGAACCAAACUUUGGUAUUAUGUUCGACAUUGACGGAGUAAUUGUUCGAGGACGAACCGUUCUACCGUUUGCUCCAGAGGCCUUCAGUAAACUUUUUGAUCAGAAAACUCAACAAUUCAAGAUUCCCUCUGUUUUUGUGACGAACGCCGGGAACUCCAUCCGGCAGGAGAAGGCAGAUAAACUCUCAGAGUGGUUGAAUAUACCUAUAACAGAGGACCAGGUAGUUAUGGCACACUCCCCUCUGAGAAUGUUUAAUGAGUUCCACAACAAACAUGUUCUUGUAACAGGACAGGGACCAGUUGAGUUCAUUGCUCGAAAUCUUGGAUUUAAAAAGGUGACAACGAUGGAUCAACUCCGCCAUGCUUUCCCUGCUCUAGACGCCGUAGAUCAUAAACGUAGACGCGCAGCAGCUUGCGCUUUCGAGAAAUAUUUCCCUAGAAUAGAAGCUGUAGUUCUCUUCGGGGAGCCGGUCAGGUGGGAGACAUCACUCCAGCUUCUCAUAGAUGUUCUUCUCUCUGACGGUCAACCAUCCGCAGCUCCAGAAAAAAUCGUCUACCCUCAUCUACCCAUCCUGGCCUGCAACAUGGAUCUCCAGUGGAUGGCCGAGGCCGUAAUGCCGAGGUUUGGACACGGAGCAUUUCUUCUCUGUUUAGAAAAUUUAUAUAAAAAGGUAACUGGGCAUGAAUUGGUGUACACAGCGUUAGUUGGAAAACCAAGUGAAAUCACAUACAGGCACAGUGAGCACGUUCUGCAGGAGCAAGCGUUGAAAAUAGGAUUAAAGAAGCCGGUUCGGCAUAUUUAUUGUAUCGGAGACAACAUCUGUACAGAUAUAUUCGGAGCUAAUCUAUACAAUAAAUAUCUACAGAGAGCUAGGGAUACAGAGAUUAUAUCUCAGGUUCAAGCUCAGAAUAUUGGUCACAACUCCCGUAGUAUAGACAACCUUCUGGGUACAGAGGGAGAACUCAAGGGAGCAACCUCGUGCUAUUCAAUCCUAGUGGAGACAGGCGUAUUCUCCCGAACCGGGGGAUCUAAUGUAAGUUUGGAUCAUUCUCCUCGAGAUUUCUUGCCAGUAGAAAACAGCUACCAGGAGCCAACCUUCUCUACUGAAAACGUCCUUGGAGCCGUUGAUCUCAUCUUUGAGAUGGAAAAUUACAAGAAAAAUGAUCAAUAAGCUGUUCUCCCGUCCUUCUCCUCAAUACAUAGUGAAGUGAAAACCUAGAACCUUAUAAAUAUUAGACUUGUGUUUCUAGCUUCUAUUAGGAUUCAGACAAAAAAGAUAAAAUCUACAGCUGAUUAAAUGAAUAUAUGUUAAAGGGUCUGCUGACGUAAUUUCAAGUGAACCUCCAUGUCCGAUUCACAGCGGUACCUUUAAAAGCUUUGCAUGAUCAAGAAUGAAUGAGUUGCCAUGUUUCCACUUUAAAACUUGACUAUUUUAAACAGUGGUUUCUCCAUUGAAGUGACUCGCGAAUUUAUUCUAGAGAAAUAAGAGGAUGAAAAUACUCAGAAUUAACCCCUUUUACUCUUGUAAAACAACGAUAUCUUCCACAUUAUUGACCAAAGUAAGGCUUAAAGAGUACCGUUGUAAAUCGGACAUGCCCUUUUUACAUAAACCCACUUUAGUAUGAACUGAUACAAUACUCUAAUUUAUCCUUCAACAUUAUAUUCAUAAUUUUAUGUAUUUGAUUUGUUUAUCGGAUAUACUGCUCUUAACUCC